AUGCCCCUCCUGAAACCUCAUAUUCCCAAGUCCUCUUCCUUCCCCUGUGCUCCCUCCGACACCCUGCUCGCAGAAAAAGCAAUCACAUACCUCAAACGCCAUCCCCACAAUCUCAAUUCACUAUCUUCCUGUUUUACCCCCGAGGCAGCCUCCUAUUUACUCCAAAAGUCCCAAUUCGACCAGCCCCUAACCCUCAAGUUCCUCAGUUGGGCUCGAAACCAUGGUUUCUUCACCUUCCAAUGCAAGUGCCUCGCCCUCCACAUCCUCACUCGCUUCAAGCUGUACAAGAGCGCCCAAGCCAUCGCCGAGGACGUUGCCCUCAAUUCCAUCGACGACAGGGGCAAUUUGGUCUUUCAGUGCCUCAGUGACUCCUUGCAUAUCUGCAAUUCGAGCUCGGCGGUUUUUGACUUGGUGGUGAAGUCUUACUCUCACUUGAAUUUCAUUGAUAAGGCUCUGAAUAUUGUUCAUUUAGCCAAAGUUCAUGGAUUUAUACCUGGUGUGCUUUCAUAUAAUGCAAUUUUAGAUGCAAUAAUUAGGUCAAAAAGGUCUGUUCAAUUUGCUGAGGAGGUGUUUAGUGAGAUGAUUAGGAAUGGGGUCUCCCCGAAUGUUUAUACUUACAACAUUUUGAUUAGGGGUUUUAGUGGAGCAGGGAAUUUGAAAAUGGGGCUGUACUUUUUUGGUGAAAUGGAAAGAAAUGGAUGUUUGCCGAAUGUGGUUACUUACAAUACGUUGAUUGACGCAUACUGCAAAUUGAAGAAGAUUGAUCAGGCAUUUGAACUGUUGAGAUCGAUGGCGUUGAAGGGUUUGGAGCCAAAUUUGAUUUCAUAUAAUGUGGUAAUCAAUGGGUUGUGUCGAGAAGGGAGGAUGAACGAGACAAGUCAGGUUCUCGAGGAGAUGAAAAGAAAAGGUUUUGUUCCUGAUGAGGUGACUUGUAAUACACUUAUUAGUGGGUAUUGCAAGGAAGAUAAUUUUCACCAAGCACUUGUUCUGCAAGAGGAGAUGCGGAGGAAUGGCUUGUCUCCAAAUGUUGUCACUUAUACAGCAUUGAUUAAUGCUAUGUGUAAGGCUAAGAAUUUGAAUCGAGCAAUGGAGUUUUUCGAUCAGAUGCAUGUUAGGGGACUUCGUCCAAAUCAGAGGACGUAUACUACGUUGAUUGAUGGAUUCUCCCAACAGGGGUUCUUAAAUGAAGCUUAUGAUGUUCUGAAGGAAAUGACUGGGAAUGGAUUCUCACCUUCGGUUGUGACUUACAAUGCACUUAUCAAUGGAUACUGCUUAUUGGGGAGGAUGGAAGAUGCCAUUGGAAUCCUACAAGAUAUGACAGGGAAAGGGUUGUCCCCUGAUGUCAUAAGUUAUAGUACUAUUAUAACUGGGUUUUGUCGGCAUCAGGAAUUGGAGAGCGCAUUUAGAAUGAAGCUGGAGAUGGUGGAGAAGGGUGUAUCACCUGAUGCUGUUACCUAUUCAUCACUCAUUCAAGGUGUCUGCCAGCAAAGAAGACUAAUUGAUGCUUGUGAUCUAUUCAAAGAAAUGUUGAGUAUGGGUAUGCCUCCUGAUGAAUUUACAUACACAACAUUGAUCAAUGCUUACUGUGUGGAAGGUGAUUUAAAUAAGGCUCUUCAGUUGAAUGAUGAAAUGAUACAAAAAGGUUUCCUACCUGAUGUUGUUACCUACAGUGUGCUUAUUAAUGGACUUAACAAACAAGCUCGGACGAGGGAAGCAAAGAGGCUUCUGCUCAAGUUGUUCUACGAGGAAUCUGUCCCUGAUGGUGUCACAUAUAAUACACUAAUAGAGAACUGCACUAAUGGUGAGUUUAAGAGUGUUGUAGCCCUUGUAAAGGGAUUCUGUAUGAAGGGUUUGAUGAACGAGGCAGACCAAGUUUUUGAGACAAUGGUUGAGAGAAGACACAAGCCUAACGAAGCAGUUUAUGAUGUUAUUAUUCAUGGUCAUUGUAAGGGUGGAAAUGUUCAGAAGGCAUAUAAUUUGUACAAGGAAAUGUUGCAUUCUGGAUUUGUUCCGCAUACUGUGACGGUUAUUGCGCUGGUUAAAGCACUUUUCACAGAGGGGAUGAACAAUGAAUUGAGUCAAGUCAUAGGGAACACACUGAGAAGCUGUCAGCUUUCUGAUGCUGAACUUGCAAAACUACUUGUUGACAUCAACCAUAAAGAAGGAAAUAUGGAUGAAGUUUUUAAUGUGCUUAGUGACAUGGCUAAGGACGGCCUCCUUCCAAAUAGUGGGGUAAGAGCUUCUGCAGGGGGAUAA